GGAAGUGCCGCGGCCUGGGCGCUUUCGGUUUUCGCUGAGAGCGUCGGUGGAGGCCGGGCUGGUGCGGCGCCCGCCGUGCGCGAUCGGGACCCGGCGGCGAGGAGAGUUAAAAUGAGUCUGCGCAAGCAAACCCCUAGUGACUUCUUAAAGCAAAUCAUCGGACGACCAGUUGUGGUAAAAUUAAAUUCUGGAGUGGAUUAUCGAGGGGUCCUGGCUUGCCUGGAUGGCUACAUGAAUAUAGCCCUGGAGCAGACAGAAGAAUACGUCAAUGGGCAGCUGAAGAAUAAGUAUGGGGAUGCAUUUAUCCGAGGAAACAAUGUGUUGUACAUAAGUACGCAGAAGAGAAGAAUGUGAAGAAACAUGGAAAGCAGUCCUUCCAGAGCAGGAUGUGUGUUUCACGAAGUCUCUUUUUGGUUUGUUUUAUUUUUUUAACUCUUUAAAAAGAUAUCAUUUCUGCUUUUUUGUGAUGUCAUUUGUCCUGGUUUCAUAAUAGUGAUUUUUCAAUGACAUGCAAGCAAGAUACAUGUAUAAAACUGUGGAAUUAAUUGUGAAAAGUUCUUU